UCCAAAGAACAAAGUACAGAAAUACACAUAGUUAGAGAAUAUGGGAACCUUAAUAGGGUUGAGGCAUUGGCCUCUACUAAUCUAUACAUUUGCAUUUUGCUUAAUUGCAAGCCAUGUAGCUUCUGCUGAUGAUGAUUAUAAGCCUCGCUAUGAAAGCCAACCAAACAACUACUAUCCAACAACACCAAGUCAUGAAGGACAACAGCCACCAUCUUCACCACCGCCUCCUUAUGUCGACGUAUUCCCACCAAGUUACUACAAGUCGCCACCUUCGCCGUCUAAAUCUCCGCCACCUCCUUAUGUCGACAUAUUCCCCCCAAGUUACUACAAGUCGCCACCUCCUCUAUCUAAAUCUCCACCACCUCCUUAUGUCGACGUAUUUCCACCAAGUUACUACAAGUCUCCACCCCCGCCUUCUAAAUCGCCACCGCCUCCAUAUGUCGACGUAUUCCCACCAAGUUACUACAAGUCUCCACCCCCGACGUCUAAAUCACCACCACCUCCUUAUGUGGACGUAUUCCCACCAAGUUACUACAAGUCGCCACCUCCUCUAUCUAAAUCUCCGCCACCUCCUUAUGUGGACGUAUUUCCACCAAGUUACUACAAGUCUCCACCCCCGCCGUCUAAAUCACUACCGCCUCCUUAUGUGGGGGUAUUGCCACCAAGUUACUACAAGUCUCCACCAAUGCCGUCUAAAUCACCACCACCUCCUUAUGUCGACGUAUUCCCACCAACUGACUACAAGUCUCCACCCCCGCCAUCUAAAUCACCACCGCCUCCUUAUGUCAACGUAUUCCCACCAAAUUACUACAAGUAUCCUCCCCCACCGUCUAAAUCACCACCGCCUCCUUAUGUCGACGUAUUCCCACCAAGUUACUACAAGUCUCCACCCCCGCCGUCUAAAUCACCACCGCCUCCUUAUGUCAACGUAUUCCCACCAAGUUACUACAAGUCUCCACCCCCGCCGUCUAAAUCACCACCGCCUCCUUAUGUCGAUGUAUUCCCACCUAGUGACUACAAGUCUCCACCCCCGCCAUCUAAAUCACCACCGCCUCCUUAUACCGACGUAUUCCCACCAACUGACUACAAGUCUCCACCCCCGCCAUCUAAAUCACCACCGCCUCCUUAUGUUGACGUAUUCCCACCAAGUUCCUACAAGUCUCCACCUCCGCCAUCUAAAUCGCCACCGCCUCCUUAUGUCGACGUAUUCCCACCAACUGACUACAAGUCUCCACCCCUGCCUCCUUAUGUCGACGUAUUCCCACCAAGUUACUACAAGUCUCCACCCCCACUAUCUAAAUCACCACCACCUCCUUAUGUCGAUGUGUUUCCACCAAGUUACUACAAGUCUCCACCCCCUCCUUCUCCAUCACCGCCUCCACCAUAUGUCUAAAACUCACCGCGACCUCCUUCGCCUUCACCGUCUCCUCCAUACUACUACAAAUUUCCACUUCCUCCAUCUUCAUCACCUCCUCCGUAUCAUCCCUACCUCUAUAACUCAUCUCCACCUGCAGUCUAUUAAGCUUCUGGCUAAAGUCAUUUUGAAAUUUUUCUAUGAAUAUUUUUAAAUAUUGUUAUGGUUAAUUUGUAUUAAAGUUUUAUUUGAGAAUAAAACAGUUUACAUUCAAUUCAGAGCCUUAUUAUGGUUCAAGUGUAACUGUGUAUGUAUGGUGUUA